AUGCGCGAUAUUAUUCCUGCAGAGGAAAGCGAGGACAGAAAGCCCUUUCUUAGUCCAAUGGUCCUACUCCAGUACGCUCAAGGCAAGAAAAGCGGGUGUGUCCGAUUUCAUGGGAGGGAUGUGGAUGUCCCUUUCCCAGCUGGCGGUGGAAAAGUGUGCGCGCAUUGCGAUCACACGAAACUCAUUCUGAGUAGUAUCCUUGCGAUGCUGUACUCCACCUCCUUAAAACCAGGAGCAGUCAAUUGCACACUCGAAACAAACUCAACGGCAUCUUCAUUCUCGAUCAACUACCCUAUGUUCCUCCGACGGUUCCUACUUUCAAUCUCUGGCCCAGUAAUCCUCCGCGUGAUGUCUAUGCCGACGCUAAGACCCUUCCCCAUGACUCUCGUUAGCCUAGCCAUUGCGUCGAGCUGGCAUGGUGAAGAGAUAUUUGCUGGAGAAGAGCCGAGGGUCCAGCUUAAUUUGGAGGAAAACUUGAAGAAACCUCAGAGAGAGAUGGUGGCAGUGAAAUGUGAAGUACUAGCAGGGCUGAAGGAGAGUGCCAUGUUGUGGACAGAAGAGAGUCGUGGGGAAGGUAAAGCUAUUACUAAGCAUCUCAAUCCCCGCACGAAUCACGGGGAGAACGAGGCGUGCUUCGGCAUUCCUCAACACCGAGUCCUUACAAGCCACCAGAGCGAUGGCUUUGGGCUUUGUCUUGAUUGGCAUUAUAAGACGAGCAACGGAGGACCCUCCAUAGUUUUGACGACUAGCAUCCAGAUGCUCACGCGACGAACAGCACCCCUCCGACUCCUUUCUGUCUUGUCGCUGUUACCAAACGCCCAGCGACGCCCCAUGUCUUCGCUCACGCUCAACAAAGACAUCUUCAACCCUGCUCUUUACCAGCGCAUACGAGAUGUUUGGUUUGAGGGCCAUUCCGUCAAUACUACGAUUCCGAAACCUGAAGUGAUGCAGAGGUGGUGGAUGGCAGGUCCAGAACAGAAAAUGAUAUUCGACGGGCACUGUCGGGAUAAUUUUGGACAAGCGUUGGAAGCAAUUGCGCCUGAGAAGUGGCCAGAGCCAACUGCAGAGCCCUUUGUUCAGGAAGUACACGCGGCCGCGGAAAGAAGUCCCGGGGACGCCAGCGCUGAGGCAGCUUGGACGGCAUUGGGCAUCAUUCUCCUACUAGAUCAGAUGAGUCGUAACAUAUAUCGGACGAAUGAGGGACUUGUGAAGAUAUACACUCACUACGACAAGAUUGCGCAGUCCUUUCUAUCGACCGUACUAUCGACAGACGGCCCUAUCAUCCGUCCGGAUAUGCAUCCUAUGUGGCGGCAUAAUCCGUCUUAUCGGCUAUGGUUCUACAUGCCCCUGAUGCAUUCAGAAAAAAUAGAAGACCAUCACAAGAUGGACGCAAUAUUGAAAGACAUGGUUGUUGAUCUCGUCCAAGCAAACCGGCCAGAGGCUGCCGAGUAUCUCGAGAAGAGCAAAGGGGCAGAGAAGCACCACAGGGAAAUAUUGGAUAAGUUUGGAAGAUACCCACACCGGAAUGCAUGCCUUGGGAGAGAGGCGACCGAAGAAGAGAAGAAGUUCUUGGCAGAUAUUGGCAACACAUUUGGCGUAGCUCAGAAGUAAUCAACGAGAUGCCACACCGGCUCUUACUACCGUCUCCAUAAGUUUUAGAGCGGAAACUUGGCAGUAAUGCCAUAUCGUUUGCCGUUUAACACUCUGACGCAAUUCUGGUCGUAAAUACGCCAUCCACUAAAG